UCCCCCUGGCCGCCCCCGGGGCCGCAGCGCAGGCGCGGCCCAUUCCCCCCUCCCCACCCCCCGGUGCCCGGAGCUGUCCCCAGGCUCGGUGGCACUGUCCCCGUCCCGGUCCCGGUGGCAUGGCGGAGGGCCCGGGGCAGCCGUCGGGGAGCGACCUCCCGCGGGCAGAGGGCGGCGAGGAAGCCGCAGCGGCGGCGGCGAAGCCGGGGCUGUCCCCCGAAGGGGCUGCGGAGCCCCCCGCUGGACCCCCGGGUGUCCCCCCCGACGGCGGGGCGGGACAGGAGCCGGCCGAGAGCGCCGAGCCCCCCGACGGCGGCUCCCCCGGGGGACGGGAGGAGCCCCCCGGCGAGGGGCAGCAGCAGCCGUCGGGGGUAGAGGAGCCGGAGCCCGUCGAGGACGGUGCUGCUCUGCCUGGGGGGGAGCCGGAGGGCUCGGUGCUGGCCGAGGGGGCAGCGGAGGAGGCGGCCCCGCUGCGAACGGGCCCCGAAGAGGCGGCAGCGGCGGUUCCGACGGGGUCGAUCCCCGAGGAUGCGGUGCUGGAGGCUGAGGCUGAGGGAGCGGAGCCCGAGGAGGCGGCGGGGAGAGACGCAGGAGAGGAGGUGCAGGGGGGAGCCCCCCGGGGGGCAGCCCCCGAAGAGGCGGAGAGGGACGAGGCCCCGCUAGGGCCGGAGCCCCAGGACGCGGAGCGGGAGGAAGCCCCGUCGGGGGCGAGCCCCGAGGCGGCCGCAGAGGAGACUCCGUCGGGGGAGAGCCCCGGGGAGGCUCCGGCCGGGAUCGAGGCGGCUCCCGAGAGCCCCGGGGAGGCGGAGGGCGCGGGGCCGGACGGCGAGGACGGAGCCGAGCCCCGGCCGGAGGCUGGGAGUGGAGCCGAGACCCCAGGGGCAGGGGGAGGCGGCGCGGAGGCGGCGGGGCUGCCCGCAGGGGACCCGGCGGGGCUGAGGCUGAACGGGGUGCGGGGCCGGGCGGAGGACGAGGAGGACGAGACGGGCUCGGCGGCACCGCUGGAGCAGGAGGAAGAGGAGGAGGAGGAGGAGAAGCAGGAGCACGACAUCUCCCUCUUCGUCAAGGCUGGCAGUGAUGGGGAAAGUAUUGGAAAUUGCCCAUUCUCUCAGCGUCUCUUUAUGAUACUGUGGCUAAAGGGUGUCAUAUUUAAUGUCACAACUGUGGACUUGAAAAGGAAACCAGCUGACCUGCAAAACCUCGCCCCGGGAACAAACCCCCCUUUCAUGACAUUUGACGGUGAAGUCAAAACUGAUGUCAAUAAGAUCGAGGAGUUCUUGGAAGAAAAGCUAGCGCCACCCCGGUAUCCCAAACUUGCACCAAAACACCCCGAGUCUAACUCUGCAGGAAAUGACGUGUUUGCAAAAUUCUCUGCCUUCAUAAAGAACCCAAGAAAAGAUGCUAAUGAAAAUUUGGAAAAAUCUUUGCUUAAGGCCCUGAGGAAGCUGGACAACUAUUUAAAUAGCCCCUUGCCCGAUGAAAUUGAUGCUUACAGCACUGAGGAGAUCACUGUUUCCAGCCGGAAAUUCCUGGAUGGAGAUGAGCUCACCUUAGCGGAUUGCAACCUCCUACCAAAGCUCCACAUAAUUAAGGUUGUUGCAAAGAAAUAUAGAAAUUUUGAUUUUCCACCCGAAAUGACAGGGAUUUCAAGAUACUUGAACAAUGCAUAUGCAAGAGAUGAAUUUACAAACACUUGUCCUGCGGAUCAAGAAAUUGAGUAUGCAUAUUUGGAUGUUGCAAAGAGGAUGAAGUAAGCAGAAGAUGUCUCCAUUCUUCAUUGCUACGGAGAUUUAGAUGGGCACCAGCCAAGACGGGGAAAAAAUAAGCCCGCAUACAUUCUGCAGUGUGAUUUUAAGUUCUGAUAUUGGCCAAUCUGUCUUUUAUAAUAAUUGUGUAGCAUUCUUUGUUCAUUUUUAAAUUAUAUAUGUAAGUGUGUGUCUGUACAGACGUAUGUACACAUGGAUGUGUGUUCUGCGUUCCAAGUUAAAGGCAUCAGCCAAUACUUUGUUGAAGUUGGGGAAACAGACUAGGUCACACAAUUACAGCAAUGUUACAGACUAGUGACUUACGCUAAAUGACUGAAUUUUAAGAAAAAAAAUAGCCCUGUUUCUGACACACAUUUAACCUGUUAUUACUGCUGCCUCUGUUCUGUGUUUCACAGCUGUUGCCAAACUUUGCAGUUACUGGGAGGGUUUCUGUUUGCUUCUCCGCAAGCCUCAGAGGGCCGCGUGCCAGCAGCUGGCACGCAGGCAGCACCCUGGUUAAUCCAGGAGAAAGGCCAGCCUGUAGGUGGGACCACACCUGGCUUCCCAGAAGCCCUCUCCUCUGUGCUAGAGACCUGCAGGGCAGGUCAACAAAGAACAACUUGUUCUCGGAUUGCCUGGAUUGUCUUUGGUAUUAAAAAGAAUAAAUUAAAAA